AUGGAUUACAAAGCAUUUCAGGAGAUCACAAAGGACACCAAAUAUUCAAAGUGCAGUUAUUGGCAGUUUUACAGAGCUAAAGACCAAGUGAGAAAGGAACUGGAAGGCUCAGUCAUUGAGCAAUAUGCUAUGCUGGAGGACUACUUCAAGCAACUUUUGGACACCAAUCCAAGUAGCACUGCUAAGCUGAUAUGUGAGAUGCAAGGUGACCAUAGAAUCUUUCAAAGGUGUUAUGUGUGUCUACAUGCUUGUAAAGAAGGUUUUAAACAAGGAUGCAUGCCACUUAUAGGGCUGGAUGGGUGCUUUCUGAAAGGAUACGGUAAAGGUAUCUUACUUGCUGCAAUUGGGAUUGAUGCAUCAAAUUCCAUCUUCCCAAUAGCCUAUGCCAUCACUGAGAAAGAGACAACCAACAGCUGGACUUGGUUUUUAGAGCUGCUGAAAGAUGACUUGAAUCCCAUUCAGCCACAGUCAUCUACUUUUAUGAGUGACAGGCAGAAGGGGCUUCAAAAUGCAGUGGAGACAGUUUUCAACAGUCCUGACAAGUUUGAUAGGAGGAUGGAUGAGAUAAAGAAAAUCAACACAAGUGUAUACAAUUGGCUGGCAGCAAAGAACCCAUCAGAAUGGACAAAAGCACACUUCAAAGAGGGGGUUAAAUGUGAUAUGUUGCUGAACAAUAUUUGUGAAAGCUUCAACAAUGCAAUCAUUGAUGCAAGGGACAAACCAAUAAUUACUCUUCUAGAGUCUAUCAGGCACUGGUUAAUGUGUCGUUUUACCAAAAAAAGGGAGAGUUUGCCUAGAUGGAGACAUACUAUACACACCAACAUCAUCAAGAUUAUUGCAAAGGAAACAGAAGUUGCUAAACGGUGUGGAGUGUCAAGAGCAAAUGUAACUAUGUUUCAGAUUCAGACGAAUUUAGGAGGUUGCUUCACUGUGGACUUAGAGAAGAAAACAUGCACCUGUAGGAAGUUUCAGUUAACAGGCAUACCUUGUGGACAUGCCUUAGCUGCAAUUUGGAUGUGCAACCAUAAUUCCCAUCUCUAUGUACACCUUAUUACAACAAAGAGGCUUUCGAAAAGAGUUAUGCACACACAGUUUUCCCAAUCCCAAGUCCUGACAAGUGGCCAAAAACAGGACAAAACCCAAUCCUUCCUCCUGGAGAAAACAUUUUGCCAGGCAGGCCCAAGAAAAAAAAGAAGAUGUGUUGAUGAGCCACCACCUCCAGCUACCACAACUGCCAGAAGAACUGGUGCAAUUAUGCAUUGUGGAAAAUGCAGGCAAGCUGGACACAAUAAGAGGUAUUGCCCGAAUGAUGCAGCACCUCAGCCACAGGGUCCAAAGAAAAAAGGAGGCAGGCCACCCAUCCAAAAUCCAACCAAGGAAACUCUAAAGAGAAAGAAAAGAAUGGCAAAGGAAAAAGCUAGGAAGGCUGCAGAAGGUGAUGGAGCUGGGCCAUCUGCUCCACCAAACAAUGCAGGAGGGUCUAAUGCAUAG